UGGCUUAUAUUCAUUACAAAAAAACCAAAAAAAAAAAAAAGAAAUAGUUUACAAAAGACAGACAGAUCGCAAAAGCCAUUCCUCAAAUAAAAUAAAACAAAUACUAAAAAGACAGCUUUGAGUGAACACCUACAACGUCGUCUUCGUCCCAACACAGGAAGUUCAAUUGAAAAUGGUGACCAACCACCAUUAUACUCGAGUGGAUACGUUGGAGCUGAGGGAUGUAAUCUAUAGGAAGAUUGGGCAGCAGAGAGCUGAAAAGUACUUUGAUGAGCUUAGUAGAUUUUUCAGUUCAAAGUUGAGCAAGGUUGACUUCGAUAAGUCGUGCAUUCGAACUAUUGGGAGAGAGAAUAUUCACCUACAUAAUCGUCUCCUUCUAUCCAUAGUGAAAAAUGCUUCUUUGGGUAAGGUUCCACCACCAAGGCCUAAAAAAGCUGAAGAAUCUCUCAGCAUUAAAGUUGGGAACGGUUGCCAAAGAAGUUGUCUACAAUCGCUCUAUGGUGAUGCAUUUCCCUCAUCACCUCGCAAAACCAGGUCUCCAGUUAGUAGGGACAGAAGGUUGCGGGACCGUACAAGUCCUCUUGGACCACUUGGGAAAAGUCCUGUUACGUGUGAAGAAGCAGCGCCUAGGGUACAAGAACAGCAAAGUGCCACAGAAUUGCAUUCUCUUGGUAGCAGACCUCCAGUUGAAGUUGCAUCAGUAGAAGAUGGGGAAGAAGUUGAACAAUUUGUUGGAAGUCCAGGAAUUCAAAGCAGAAGCCUCGUCACUGCUCCUCUUGGAAUUUCUGUGAAUGUAGGUGGUGCUCGAAAAACUCUCCAUAGUGGAUCUGUGUACAACUUUCGUCUCGAGACUUUUCAAAGCUGUAGAGAAUUGCCUGAGAGUAGAUCGUUAAGAAGUCGUUUGGAGCGGAAGUUAGAGUCGGAAGGGCUUGGCAUAACAUUGGACUGUGCUAACCUGCUAAAUAAUAGCUUAGAUGCAUUUUUGAAAAGGCUGAUUGAACCUUGCAUAGGACUGGCUGGAUCCCGACAUACAAAUGAACGUGUCAGAUAUUGUAAUGGUCAAACACUGCCUGGAUGGUAUGGACAAUAUCCUGGAAAUUAUACAAAAAGACAAACAAGAUCCUCAUUUGGUAGGAUGUUGGAUUUCCGAGUGGCAGUGGAGACUAAUCCUCAUAUACUUGGGGGAGAUUGGUCCAUGCUACUUGAGAAGGUCUGUGCUGCUUCUGAAUAAACAACUCAUUUUCAUCAAUCUUGUUACCAGAUGGAUAAGUGGAAAAUUCAGGCUUUUGUGUCUGAUUAGAAUGAUGGUUCUUGACAUGAUUUCUGACGGAAUGAAGUAUCUAUGAGAAUUGCCAAAGGAACAACAUGUGAAUAUUGUGGGAAGCUGUCGGAUGUGUGUUGUGAGAUUUGUAUUCUAGGAGAAUUUGUCCCUUGGGAGGGUCAGGGUUACAUAGAUUAUGCAUAGAUAUUGUUUACAAGCAUUUGCUCGUAUGUCAUUUUUCAUUUUACAGAUGAAGUUUCUAUGAAAUAACAUGAGGUUUCUAUGAAAUAUUUUCAUGAAAUAAAUCAUUUAGUUCAAUGCAGCUGUGUACUAUUGUAAAACUGAGAAGUUAGCAAGUGAAUCAAUUUCUAACCAUUACUGAGUGAUUUCAGCUCCCAAAAAUUUCCAAUUUCCUGUCUCUUCAGUGAUCCACUUCUGCAACAUAGAGGCAACAAUUAUAUUUCCUAUGUCAAGUGAAAUGGACAUUUUAACUUUUCUUCCUGGGUUGAAGUGUCAAGUGCAUUCCUACUGUAGAGAAGAAUAUAGUGAGAUAUGCACUUCCUGGUAGCUUCAAGCUUCAGGUGACAUAUGCUUUCAUUAUUGGCUGCAAAAUGUAGCAUCCUGGUUCAAAGAUUGGUUGCUUUGGGCAAUCUUCUGUCUAUAGCAUAUCUUACAUAUUUUUCUUUUGGUUGUAUUCUUGUUAGUGCACUUCUACGUGUUGGUGGGCAUUUUUCUCUUUGCUUUUUAUCCAUCCUUUCCAGUCUAUUCAAAUGAUAAUGUCUUUUAAAUGUUUGAGGUUGAGGCUGCCCAAUGCCUAAUGGGUGGUUUCAGUCCUUCAAGUUAUGCAUAUGCUUCCAGCAUUGGCAGCAAAAGGUUACAUCAUGGACCAAAGGCUGGCUGCUUUUAGCGUCUUCGGUCUCUAGCAUAUUAAACAUUGUUACUCUUCCUUUGUUUCUUCCUUGUUAGUGCAAUUCUGCAUGUUGGCGGGUUUAUUCUGAUCACUUUAUCAUCCUUUCUUUUUAGUCUAUCCAUAUGACAGUGCUCUUUAAAAGUUUUAGGCUGAGGUAUGCACUUCAUGCCCUUAAAUUGCUGAGUCUGAACUGACUUUGUCAAAUUAGAUGCCUGAUUGGUUGCUUCAAGCGUUCAAAUAAUUUAUAAUUCCAGUACUUGCACCAAAAGGUAAAAUUACUGUUCAGCAGUUGGUUGCUUUUGGCACUCUUUUGUCUCUAGUAUAGCAUAAAUUGUUACUCUUCCUUGUUUCUGUGCCUGUUUGUAAACUUCUGCAUGUUGUAUGGGCUUAUAUCUCUUUGCCCUGCUUUUUUUCUAGUUCAUCGAAAUGAGAAAACCCUUUAAAUGUUUGAGGUUGAGGCAUGCUCUUCUUGUCAUUAAAUUAUUAAGGCUGAUCUGAAGUUUGUCCAAUCCCAACCUUGAUUGGCACCUUCAAGCCCUCAGUUGAUAUGUGCUUCCAGCUUUGGCUGCAAAGUGUAACAUCUCUGUUUGAAAGUUGGUUGCCAUUGGCAGUCUUCACUCUCCAGCAUACUGUGCAUUGUUAAAAAAUUGGUUAUUUGCUUGUUAGUGCAGGUAAAGGCUUUUUCUGUAUGUUAAUGAUUUCUUUUUUUCUGACUUGCGCUUGCAUCCCUUCUCUAUACAAUAUGCAGUUUGCAUUCUAAUUUUUCUCAAUCUUUAAAAUAUAUAUUCUUGAAAUAUGGAGAUCUCAUUGUCUCAGCUAUUUCUCCUUACCAAGUAACACAUGAGAUAGGGCAAAGAACAUUUGAAUAAUUUGGAUUGAUUUUAGUUACUGAUUCAUUUGAAUUUUAAUCAACCAAUAUUUUUCAUACACAAUAUUUGUAUAUAGUACAUUUUGUUAUACAAUGUUUGAAAGGGACCAAAAUAAAAUAUAUUACUAUUCUUCAGUGAUUAUGUAGGGAAGCUGAAUAUUGUGAAAUUUUGCAUCAUUGAAGCGAUUGACAUUUAAUUACUUGCUAGAAAAGAAGCAGAACACAGCAACAAGGUUGGAUAGAAUGAAGAUAUACAUAGAGGUCUGUUUGUGUUCAAUUUAGAUACUUGAUUUUCAGUACUUCAUAUAUAGUAAGCUUUAUAACCAGAAUCAGUGUGAUUAGUAUUUUUUUAGAAAGAUCAAUUUUAGCAAAUGCUAUCAUUUUGGUGGUACUGAAUAAUUUCAAUGAUCUAAUAUUUACUUUUCUAAAUGAGCAGGCAGAAUCAAUAACACAGUGGCCCUUGACAUCAUCCAACAGUAUAGUGUCCUUGAUUGUUCUUUUUCAGUGUUGUUAAUUAUGUAAUUUUGCACGAUUUCUCUUUUUAGUUGUCAUGACUCAUGCCUGCUUUCUUUCAGUAUUUUGUCUUUUAAAGCUACUUUGCUAUGCAUUACUUGAGGAGAGUCCUUCGGAAAUAGCCUCUCUACCUCCGCGAGGUAGGGGUAGCGUUCGCAUACCUUCUACCCUUCCCAAAACCCAACCUUGUGGGAUUACACUAGGACUAGAGAGGUAAAAACUAACAAGGAGGAGCAUUAUGUAUUAGCAGUGAGCGUGGAGGCUCGGCUGAAAAUGUAAUGAUAUGGCUCAGUUGAAUCUGCAGAUAAGAUGUUUUACCUCAUGUUAAUGCGACAGAUGUUAACCUUUGUCCCAGCAACUCGAGGAACAUCAACCAUCGUUGUUUGAAUUGCCCAAUGCACAUACCGACUGAACUGAGCUGACUGAUAUGAUAAUAUUCCCGAAGGACAAACUACACAACUAUGUGGAUGUGCUGAUGCAACUGUAUCCAUGAACAGUACUGAUUGGGGUCACAGAAUGAUUGGAAGUGUUUGUAACCCCAUUUGUUUAUAAUUGAUGUAAAUUGAAUGUCGUAACAGCAUUGCUGAGCUUGUAUCAUUGUUUCCUUGAGCUACAGGUUUUAGCUGACUCAAUAAUUACAAUAGACGUCUUUGUUUCUUUGA